AUGCUUUUUCUCCUUCUUUGUGAUAUAGUUUUCCCGCGUGUGCCUUUCGCUGCAGGACUGCCCGGCGUGUAUGUGGUGCUGCAAAUGAAUGAUGGGAUAGAGCAAGUGACCACGACAUCUCCGCACAGCAACCCCAUCUGGAACCAGAGCUUCUCCUUGGACCUCACAAAGGAGAGCACCCACGUGCAGCUCGCUCUGUGGAGCGAGGAGAAGGGGUACAACCGGCAGCUGUCGGCGGUCAAGGUGCUGCUUACCGAUGUGAGCACGGACACGAAACACAUGCAACUCAACCUGCCGGGCCACGGCUGCCUGGACGUGGAGAUGCAGACAGGAGCUGCGGUGCAGGCCACCCCCAGCGUGCUGGACACCAUUCGUGACGACCUCCUGAUGCUCGUGAGGUCCUUCAUCGAGGACCCUGACCACCCCUACACGUGGACCAUCAUGCCGCGCAUGCAGUCGGAGCCCAACCUGGCGCUGGAGGCUCUGCCGGGCUACGCCGAGAUGCCCAUCUCCACCGAGAUGCUCUCCCCGAACAAGAUCGCCCGCGUCAUCGAGCGCGCCACGGAGUUCGUCCACUCGCAGGCGGGCUUGACCCAGCGCUACAGGGAGAGUGAGGACAAGUGGACGGCCUUCUUCAGCGGCUUCCUCAAGCCGCCCUGCUCCAUGAUUGAGCGCUGGAGGGACGACGAGGAGUUUGCGCGCUCCUUCAUACAGGGAGCUAACCCCAUGCUCAUCAAGGUGUGCAGCAGCCUGGACCAGGUUCCGCCCGACAUGCGCUGCCUGCUAGGGCAGGACCGCACGCUGGAGGAGCUCAUGAGCGAGAAGCGUCUGUUCGUCGUCGACUACAAGGCGCUCGCGGACAUCCCGCUGCACCUGGAGAAGAAGUUCUACGCGCCCGUGGUGCUGCUGUACCGCGAGAUGUGCCCGGACGGAACGGGCCGACUCAUGCCUCUCGGCAUCCAGCUCACUCGCAAGCCCCCCGGCAAGAACCUGGUGUACACACGGAGGAGCCCUCCCUACCGCUACCUCUUCGCCAAGAUCCACGUGGGCUGCGCUGAAAACCAGAUGCACCAGUUCGUGUCGCACCUGGCGCUCACCCACCUGCUCAUGGAGCCCUUCGCCAUUGCCGUGCACAACUACCUGGGGCCCAAGCACGCCCUGGGCCGCCUCCUGCGCCCACACUGCACGGACACGAUCGGCAUCAACUACGUGGCGCGGCACACGCUCAUCGCGGCCGUGGGUCCGCUCACCAACUCCACGUUCGCCGUGGGCACGGUGGGCGGCCUGCGGCUCGCCGUCGAGAGCUUCCAGCGCUACCACUUCAUGGAGAUGAGCUUCCCACGCGAGCUGCAGAACCGCGGGUUCGACGCGGCCGGCUCCGACGGACUCGAGGACUUCCUGUACCGCGACGACGGGUUCAAGCUGUGGCGCGUGCUGGGCACUUACGUGCGGGAGGUUGUGUGCCGCCACUACCACACGGACGCCGAUGUGCUGCACGACAAGGGCCUGCAGGAUUUUGCAGCCGCCCUGGCUGAUCGUAGGAGAGGCAACGUGACUGGGUUCCCGUCUCCCAUCACCACCAGAGAGCUUCUGAUGGAAUGCCUGACUAACAUCAUCUUCACGGCCAGCGCUCAGCACUCUGCCGUUAACUUUCCCCAGUGGGAUUUCUACGCGUACGUCCCACCACGCCCCGAGCAGCUGACCAAGUUCAUGCCGGAGGGGGACGAGGACAUCACGUGGGACUUCAUUGCGAGUGCACUGCCCGACAUCGGCGUCUCCAUGUUCCAGAUCCUCUUCUCGCACAUCCUGUCCAUGCCAUCGCUCGUGCCUCUCACCAAGCUCAACGCAAUCGGAGACGAGUUUCCGGGCAUCCAAAACGACUUUCAAGCUCAUCUGCGCAAGCUGUCCUGCGAAAUCAAAGAGAGGAACGCACGGUUGGAGGCCGUGGGGAAAGUUCCGUACCCAUAUCUGGAUCCAGAAAAUGUUGCAAGCAGCACCGACAUUUGAGCAUAGUCGAAGAGCGGUUGCUUAUCCGUGGAUCUCAAUGAACUGCAAACACUCUGUUUAAAAGAAUGUGGUGCAUGCCUCUUAACCCUUUCCCAUUCCGUAUGUCAUCGAAACGGAACCGGAAGAAAAACUUAAAUAAAACAACACAAGUUCAUUGGACGUUAGUAAAACAUGUGCCUGACUGCAUUAGACCAAUUCCACAUGGGAGUCUAGCCUGACCCUUGACCUGAUCAGUGAAUAAGGGAAAGAAGCUGAUUAACAGCAAGUUCAUUUAAACAAAAGUGUCCGUAUGCAAAAGCGUUCGCAUUCAGAUACACCUACAAGCUUACUAACAUACACACGUAAAGAGACCUUCCCGUCUCUCUAAAAACCAGCACGCUUAGCGGUCACCUAUUAUGGCCAGCACGGGAACGCUUGUCCUGCAGCUGUUGGCACGCUGCACCAGAUGUUUCAUUGAAAGCACAAAUAUUCAGGGGAAGGCAGACAAAGCAACAGUGAUUGGCUGUGCCUACCGAACAAUACGUCUCUUCUAACGUGCCUAUGCCAUUGCCUAUUUAAUUAGUUUCCCAGAAACUAAGCGUGUCAUAUAAGCCAUAUAUUCCACCGGCUACGCCGAGCAACGAAUACACUGUGCACGGAAUGGCUAUAACCUCCUUUUGCAUUUGAUUUAAUGUGAAAACCACCGAGGAUUGGGGCUCUCGCCUGGUUACCGAGGCAGCCGUUAGCACUGCUCUAUAUUUUCUUUAUGAGCUCUCUCGCACAACGCGUUACAUGAAUGAACUCCAUUAAUCUCUUCUCCCACUAUGAGCCAGCCCUCCGAGUUCAUGUUUCCCUAACAUGGUAAUUGGUAUUCACGGGCCGUAAGGCAAGGAGCUUUCAGAAUAUCAAACAAGCCUCAUUAAGCCUCUCGAUUUCCCUGUGUACAGUCAUUACGAGCGCAUAACUGCCACGCUCACUCGUCACUCUUGAACAGAGUGUUAUUAUAUUUACAUGAGCCUGUAAUUGCACAAAAUGCCACAUGCCACUGGAACCCUUACGCAAAGAGUGAAGCAUUUAAAAUGCCACCCCCCCCCCUACAAUAAUAUGGAGAAAUUAUAGUGAAAACAUAAUUUGAUUUAAAAAACCUGGAAACACCUACCACCAAUCUCAAUGCACUUAUACAAUCCUUUAACACCCUCCUCUAAGAUAUGGAACCAUUGCCUUAAUUUCAAUCGUCUGUUGAUGAUAACCGGGUCAUUCAAAAUCAAUGGGGUGUCUGUAAAUGGAUCACCCUUGGCUACGAACGGUGCGAAAUAAGUUCAACAUCCAUGCAUAACCCUGAAGAUUCAAGUUUAGUUUUGUUUAACCAGAUGAAAGCUCAAGAGACCAGGAUUAAAUUUAUUUGCCGGUGACCUGGGGCAAUAGAGGGCGAUGAUGACUGUGCACUAACCCAAUUGAGUAAUUUGCGGUGUAAUUUAAGAAUUUUUGCAAGUUUGGACACUGACACCAGAAUACAGUGGCCUCCUCUUUGCGAAUGACGUCAGGGGGUUUUUAACAUCCACUGUGGAGCAGACGGCGCGUAGUGUUAUCGUGGUUAUGGGGCGCCA